AUGACUGUCCCAGCUGUUUUUAUGGAUCUUCCACCCGAGGAUCAGGCCCAAGAAUUGAGGGUUUAUUUCAAGAGUCUUGGAGCUGAGAUAAGCGAGGAAAAAUCACCACGUGGAAUAGAGGAUGAUCUCCAUAAGAUUAUUGGAGUCUGUGACAUUUGUUUCAAGGAGUCUAAUGAAGUUGAUAUUGAGAAUACGCUUAAUGAUAUUGUAUCCAUAUUAAUUCACAUCCCAGUUGAACGUGCUGAAAAUUUAAUCUUAGUUUUCUGUGACAAGUUAAAGAAAGCUCCCGGUCAAAAACUUGGUUUAGUUUGUCUGAAAGCAUUAUGGCUGCUCUUCCAAUCCCUGGAGAAAAAAUCACCAAUGCGGUACCACGUGUACUACCACUUGGUCCAGGUAGCCCGGAACGUCAAUCAGAUGCACGCGGUCUACAGCGGAGUCGAGCAACUUAAAGACCAGUUCAAGGCGUUCCCGCCAAACAACGAGCAGAUGCAGAAACUUCUGCGUCUCCUCCACGAAAUUCUCCUCAGCUGUAAGCAAGGCGACCAGGCUGCUGCGGUGAUGGUCGAGUUACUGGGAACUUACACAGCUGAGAACGCCAGCGAGGCUCGAGAAGACGCCCAGCAUUGUAUCCAAGCGGCUCUUGCCGAUCCUAACACUUUUUUAUUGGACCCUCUGCUUGCUCUCAAGCCAGUCCGCUUCUUGGAGGGAGAGCUUAUCCAUGAUCUGCUUUAUAUUUUUGUCAGAGAGAAGUUGCCGGCUUACCAGAAUUUUUAUAAGGAUCACAAAGACUUUGUUGAACAUACCGUUGGAUUGAACCACGAGCAAAAUAUGAAAAAAAUGCGUCUAUUAACAUUCAUGCAGCUGGCUGAAACAAACCCGGAGAUGUCUUUUGAAACAAUUCAAAGCGAGUUGCAAAUAGAAGAAGCCGAUGUUGAAAGUUUUAUUAUUGAUGUUUUGAAGACAAAAUUAGUACGCGCACGUAUGGACCAAGCAAACCGCAAAGUACUAAUUUCAAGCACGAUGCACCGGACCUUCGGUCGUCCUCAAUGGAUGCAAUUGCGUGAUUUGUUAUCCGCCUGGAAGACCAAUUUGACCAGCGUACAAGAAGGAAUGAAUAGUAAUUAA